UGGGAAGAUUUUAUCUCCUUCAGCAUUUAGCGAGCCCCGGCAGAUAGAAGGAAGGAUGGGGAACAGCAGAAGUCGCUCGGGGCUGAACGUUAGUUCGCAGUUCCUUCCCGAGGAGCAGGCUGAGAUGGGCAGACUGUUUGACGCCCUGUCAUCGGAGAAAAGUGGCUCCAAUACCUCGCCCAGAUCCUUCUCUCUGAAGGCUCUAAAGAGCCACAUUGGGGAAGCUCUUCCCCCAAAGAUGGUCACCAGACUGUAUGAUGGCAUGCGGAGGCUUGAUGUGACGGGCCAGGCUAAGGGGCCCAGCGAGGGUGUCUCCCAGGAGCAGUUCACGGUGUCGAUGUCCCACCUGCUGAAGGGGAACUCCAAGGAGAAGAGUCUCAUGAUCCUGAAAAUGAUUUCUGCCACAAGUGGUCCUGUGAAAGCAAAAGAAGUCCAAAAGUUUACAGAGGAUCUCGUGGGCUCUGUGGUGCAUGUGCUAAACCACAGACAGGAGCUGAGGGGCUGGAUUCAGAAGAAAGCCCCAGGCCCCCCGCCCAGGGUGCAGGUCCUGGCUGCUCAGCUGUUCUCCGAGAUGAAGCUUGCAGACGGCAAGAAGCUGCUGGGGCCUCAGCAGCUGGACUGUGACUGUGACCAAGCUAUGAUCGAGGACUGGGUGUUCAGGGCCCACCUGGUGGCCACGUUCCUGAGUGUGGUCAUCCACAGAGGCUUUCUCCUGCACUUGUCGCUCGAUCUAGCCACUCUGGUGCCCCGGCGUGAAGUUCCCCAGGAGCAGGAGUUUGAGAGUGUCCUGGACGUCCUGUCGGUGAUCUAUGUCAACUCCCACGUGCCCCGGGAGCAGCAGCACCGCUGGCACCUCCUCUUCUCGUCCGAGCUCCACGGGCACAGCUUCUCCCAGCUCUGCGGCCGCAUCCCACGCCGAGGGCCCUGUGUGGUGUUCCUUGAGGACAGCGAUGGCCAUGUGUUCGGUGGCUUUGCCUCCUGCUCCUGGGAAAUCAAGCCUCAGUUUCAAGGGGACGACAGAUGCUUCCUGUUCUCCAUCUCCCCCAGCAUGGCCGUGUACACUUGCACGGGCUACAAUGACCACUACAUGUACCUGAAUCAGGGGCAGCAGACCAUCCCAAAUGGACUGGGCAUGGGAGGGCAGCAUCAUUACUUUGGGCUGUGGAUCGAUGAGGACUUUGGGAAAGGACACAGCAAGGCCAAGCCCACGUGCACCACGUACAACAGCCCUCAGCUGUCAGCCCAGGAGGACUUCCGGUUCGAGAAGAUGGAGGUGUGGGCGGUUGGAGAUGACUCCCAGACGCAGCUGGCCACCAGCAGCAAGAGCAUUCUUGAUGUGGACCCCGAGGCCCAGGCCCUGCUGGAUAUCAGUGGGCGGACUCGCCACAGCGAUGGGCUCCGGAAAGCCCCUGACCAGGAGUGAGGAGGAGCCUGGAGCAUGACACC